AUGGCAGAGCCGGAGGGCUGCGAGCUGCCUGAGAAACCCGGGGAUAAGGACAGACGCAUCUUCUGUCAGUCUGAUAAUAUUGAGACAUUCUUGCUCCAUUUAAAGCCCACAGAUUUGAAUCUCAGGCACCUGAUUUUUGGCAAUAUUCUGAUGCUCCUCUCUAAAGGUGUCCCCCACACAAGGGCAGCUUUUGGGUUGAAGUAUUUCCUUAGUGAUUUUGGAGUGUUGAGUAUCUUCGAGGCCAUCGGGGUCAGCCCCAGAAACUCCAUGUGAACAGAGAUUGGUAAAACCCCCAAGUACGCUGGCUUCUCCAUUUGCCUGUGCCGGAUUUUGUACGUGCUUAUAAAUAUAGUGGUUUUUAUACAUACUCGUGAUCUUGGCCAAGUGACUUUUGAUGAUCUCAGUUGGUGGCUGCUUAACAUCACCUUCCUAAUUCAUUUAUGUUUCCCAACUCUCAGUCCCUUUGUUCACUGUGUUUAA